AUGUGGCUAGGUGAUCGCGACUACUAUCUGGCCGAACUUAUUCGGUUGGACGGCCGAGGUGACUACACCUCAGAUAGUUGCUGCCAAUGCAACGUCUCUGCUCCUGCUCAGUUCCGAUGCGAUGACUGUUGUGACGUGCAACUAUACUGUCAGGACUGCGUUGUCGUCAACCAUUUGCGGAGCCCCACUCACCGCAUCAAGGAGUGGACAGGCUCAUUUUUCCAGCCUACGUCACUCAAGAAGCUUGGUUUGAGGAUUCAGUUGGGGCAUGCAAUCGGUGAAAACUGUAUCCUCCCUCGCAAGGCAUUUAACGACGACUUCGUACUAAUCGACACCAACGGAAUACAUCAGAUAGCGAUCGACUUCUGUGCCUGUGAAACAUCUCAGACGCAUACCAGGCAGCUCUUGCGCAUGGGUUGGUUCCCCUCAACGUCUGUAGAUCCAAGGACCGCGGCAACUUUCCGAGUCUUGCAGCAUUACCAGAUUCUCUCUUUCGAGUCGAAGGCCUCCGCGUACGAAUUCUAUCACUCACUGGUUCGUAUAUCCGACAAUACUGGUUUGAUUAAGAAGGAUCGCUACGAACCCUUCAUGCGCAUGGUUCGCGAGUGGCGACACUUGAAGAUGCUGAAACGGUUUGGUCGUGGUCACGAUCCAGCCAGUGUGAGUGGUACCAAAGAGGGCGAAUGUGCCGUCCUCUGUCCAGCUUGCCCACAACCUGGCAAGAACCUGCCCUCUGACUGGAAAGAAGCGCCAAAAGCCAAACAAUGGCUGUAUUCAUUAUUUGUAGCUAUCGACGCCAAUUUUCGCUUGAAAAGACGAGCUAUUUCUUCUGACGAAGCAGACCCAAGCCUCUCGAUGGGAUGGUCGUACUUUGUAGAAGAGAAGAAGUUCAAAACUCACCUCAAGGAGCAUUUGUCCCAGACGCAGGAGAGAAGUUCUUGCUCAAACCACAACGCUGUGAAUAUGGCUGAGACGAAGCUAUCGCAGGGUCUUGCAGCCACUGGAGUAGGGACUGUUGAUUGUGCGCGACAUAAUUUCAAGCGCCCAAAUGGUGUCGGGGACCUACAAAAAGGAGAAAAGUACGUUAACAUGGACUAUCUUUUCUUCUCCACACUCCGCAACAACUGUCUCAAUGCUUUGAAUGUGUCCUAUGACAUCGCAUGUCAAUGGCACAAGAACCUAUGGAGUCGCAUGGAGUCGCUACCUGAAUCGCACCACAUAUCCUACUUACGCGUUUUUAUCCGCUUUUUCGUCCCCAAAUUCCACCUUCCGGCGCACAUCAACAAGUGUCAGACGAUGUUCUCUUUUAAUUUCACGCGUUUUGUGGGCCGCACAGAUGGGGAGGCGCCCGAGCGCGGUUGGUCCAAUAUCAAUCCAGUCGCAUCAAGUACAAAGGCAAUGGGACCAGGCUGUCGUAGGGACACUUUAGAUGAUCAUUUUGGCGAUUGGAACUGGAAGAAAGUCGUCGGUUUAGGCGCAUCUCUCAUUCAUAAAAUGCAGGAAGCGGUAACUGAGAAGGCCGAUCACGAGACUGCAUUCCAGGAGUUUAAUGCUGUGAUUUCCUCAGACCAUAGGUCAGCGUGGACGGUCGAAAUGGAGAAAUGGGAGGAAAACCCGAACGACUCGUCUGUCACAAACCCCCUUGAGCGCAAGUCAAUCCAAAUUACGCAAGCUGCAGCCCGUCUGAAACUUGUGGAGAUGGAAGCAUACGAGCUUGCUUGUGGGAUUGACCUAUCCCUGCACCCCAAUAUCUCCCCGAGUGUUCUUAUCGCGUCAGGAUUAGACCUCGAGGAGGAGCAACGUCGCGUGAAAGCAGCAUGCGAAGGGAUGGGUCUCCACAUUUCUGAUACGCAGAAGGGCACGCUCACGCGAAUGAGAAAUGUGUUGCAUCGUAAGAUUGAAACGUGGAGAAGUGCGCAGGUUCUGUACAUGCCUGCAGUACAGAUUCUGAGCUCUACUGCGGUUCCUGCCUAUCAUCAGCCAUCCAAGAAUGCGGAGGAUAUCAGCCUGUGGUUGCCAUCUAGUCUGAAAAGCAAACCGUGCGAUUCCAGACUUCAAGACCACGAAUGGGAUUUGCGGUAUGCCCAGGCCCACGAUGCGCUCGAAGAGCUUCGACAAUGCCUUUGCGUGCACUGCUCUAUGCUCACCUUCAAGCGGGAAUGGGUCCGCGGUCAAGGUUCCAACACUCGUGCUCAGAACGCACUCGCUCGUGUGCACACGCGGCAGGUCGCGUGCACGAAGAGAUAUAGGGUCGCCUGGGAGGCGCUGAAGACCUUGGCACCUCUUUUGACGAAAACGAGAUGGCAAGGACGGCUGCGAGACCUGAAGGAUGAAGAUGUGAAGCCAUUGGUGGACCCUUUCGGCAGAGAGACUGAAGGUCGCCGUCGCCUGACGUGGAUCUGGAUGAUGACGGGGGUGGAUACAGAUGGUGAUGGAGGUGACGUGGACGGAGUCCGCGUGGAAUGGUGCAAGUCACGAGCAAGAGCAAUGCGCUGGACGGAGGAGGUAGAGUUGUUGCACAAGGAGAUGCGAAGGGUGCUGCAGUUUUUAGAUUGGCAAGCAGAGUGGUGGGAUGAGCAGCAGGACCGACGUGACUGCGAGACAAUGGCUGAACAUGAGGGCUUGGUAGCAUACGCCAACAAACAGGCAGACAUUCGACGUCGGCUCGCAUCGCGCUUCAGAUUGCUGUGGGCCGCUCACCUUCCCCAGCCCCCUCCGAGCUUUAUAUCAUGCCCACCCCUGGACAACAUCACGCAAUUCCCCGACCUCAUGCUGCCCGAUCUCCAGUGUAAUGAACCUUCUGUUCCCUUUGGUGCCUAG